AUGCCUGCAGCCGGCAGUAGCUCUCAGGCAGCAGCAGCAGCAGCAGGAGGAGGAAACGCCGCUGCAGCGCGUCCGCCCGUGACGGAGACGCAGAUUCUGCCACCCACCAUCCCGCCGCAGGCGCUGCGGCCGUCGGGCUCUGCUGCCGGAGGCAGUGGCAGUGGCAGCGGCCUGUCGGCGUCGCCGCCCAUGCAAACGCCCGUCCCACCGCCAGUGCCUCCGGUUCAGACACCCGUUCCGGCACCAUCGAUUCCGAGCCGGAGCUCCACAGCCAGCUUCACGGCCGGGCCAGCAACAACGUCAGCUUCGGCGGCAGCAGCGCCGCCACCACCGUCACCAUCCCCAGCAGCCGCAACAUCGUUGUCGCCAUCAUCCUCGGCCAUAGCCAAAACAGCCGCUGCCGGAACUUCGUCCUCGCGAGCUGCUCCCAGAAUGAUGGCCACCACGGCCAAGGCAACGCCGGCACAGACAAAGGCGGCUGCCAAGCUAGCCUCGUCAUCCGCGCCGGCCAAGGCGCCACCGCCUGCCAGAGCGUCUCCCAAGGCAGCCGCCAGGAUGGCACAUCCAACACAUCCGGUCGUCCAGUCGUCAGGCUCAUUUGCCAUUUCACAAGGAGCGGUCGCCCAUCAGCACCAACCCCAAUCAUCCAUGCUGCCAGCACCACGCGCAUGGUCUCCCCCACGGCCGCCCAUAUCGCCCAUCCUGCCGGCUGCCCAGCUUCCUCCUCAUCUGGCCCCAACAGCCACCGGAUCGGGCACCUACUACGUGCCCAACUUUGCUACCGGCCGACCGGUGCUCACCCAUACUGAGGCUGCCCGCGAAGCCGCAGCAGCCAACGCCGCCGCUACCGCUGCUGCUGCCUCUGCUGCUUCUGUUGCAGGAGGAUCAUUGCCGCCAUCAGGGCUGGCUCCCUCUUCCACCACCGACCCCCUGUUCGAUGCCGCACCCCUCCCACCAGCACCCACGACCCUCGACUUCAGCACCAACCCGGACGUGAUCGCGCUACAGAACACCAUCGCUAUCCUUCAGCUGCAGAAGAAGCGUGCUACUGCCGACAUCCAGGCGCUGCAGGCCGCCAAAGAAGCCGCUCUCGCCAAUCCCAUGGCCUUUGUGGAAAAGCUACAGGCCGUCGGGACACGAGACGAAGCAGCCGGCAACAACGGCAGCGCCGACGAAAACGACAGCAGCGAUGAUGGCGAUGACGAUGCGGACAGCCUUAACAGCAAGAAUCCCUCCUCCAACACCGGCUCUGCCUCUGCUUCCGUUCCGGACCCUCGCCGCCUCCCCAAGCCCCAGAACGUGGUCCGCAUGCCCCCCAUCAACUGGAACAAGUAUGCCAUCGUCGGCGAGGGCCUUGAGCGCCUGCACGCCGAGCAGAUUCGCCGCCCUGCUGUUGGCAACCCCGCCGUCGCCAGCAUCCUCCCGCCUACCGUCGAAGGCACUGCUGCUCCGUCAGCGGCACCUCCCGCAAGCUCCCUGCAGGCCGUCUAUUCGUUCCAAGGCGCUGGUGAUAGCACUGCUGGGCCCGAAUACGUCGGCGUGGCCGCGCCUUACGAUCCGCUCAAGGACCGGCUCGUUGCGGAACCAGCUAGACGGGGACGAGCCGGCAAGCGUGGAUAG